CGGUACCGAACGACAGCAGCUCUUUCUCUCUUUCUUACUCUCUCUCUCUCUUUCUCAUUCUUCUUCUUCUUUGCUUUUUUCCCUUGUCGUCUUCGUUCGCUCUUGCGUUACAGCUCUUCGAUCGACUGCUCAGCAGUCAGCGGAAAAAAAAACAUACACAGUUUUGCACCGAAACUAUUCACCAUUCGAGAUCCGUAAGUCGGCGAAGUCGGAUUCAAAAACUGAGCAUUACGCUGUUAAGCGUUUGUUGUGUGUUUUGUUUUUUAAAUUUUAUUUUUGAACCUGUGUGUUGUUUUUCGGUGCCCAAAAAAAAAAUUGUUUUCAAUCCUUUCGCGUGAGUGGGUGUUGUUUGUGUAAUAAAAGCGUGUAUAUCUAUUAAGUGGAAAUUUUAAUUGCGAUACGAAUAAAAAAAAAAUUAAAAAAAAGAAACAAAAAAAUCCAAAAGAAACUGAUAAAAAUUAUCAAGAGUGCAAAAAGUAAUUAAAAAAGAAGAGACGAAAAAUACAAGCGUCCAAAACGAACGGGACGAGAGUAGACAACAAAAAGAGAGAGAGAGAGAGAGAGAGAGAGAGAGAGAGAGAGAGAGAGAGAGAGAGAGAACCAAUUCAACGAAUUUCCAAAGCAAAAACUUAUUUGGAGCGACAGCGACCACGUCCGGAGCGGAGUGAGAGCGGAGAAUUGUAAAGUCCAAAACAAAUAAAUAAACAGACAAGAGGACGAAACAGAACAGGAGGAGAAAAAAAAACCAAAGAAGAAUACUCUCGAAGAUAUGGCACAACUGAUAAAUAUACGUCUGAAUCGUGUCGAUGCACAACCUUGGGGACUCCGUCUUCAAGGUGGAAAAGACUUUGGAACACCACUUGUUGUACAAAAGGUAAGCCAAGGAAGUAUAUCCGAUCAAGCUGGCCUCCAGCCGGGCGAUGCAGUGAUUGCCGUAAACAAUGUUGAAGCAUUCAAUUUGCGACACAAAGAUGCCCAAGAUUUGAUUGUACGAUCGGGCAAUACGUUUGAAUUGACAAUCCAACGCGGUGGUUCGACAUGGAAACCACACGUUACACCGACCGGUUCGUUGCCAAGUCCCGGCCAACAACACCACUAUGGCGUCGGUCCAGUGACAAAAACAUCAUUGCAACACCAUCCACCACCAAAUGAACAGCACAUCGGUUGCGGAUACAAUAAUUCGGCUCGCCCAUUCAAUCAAAAUGGCAGCGUCGGCGGUGGCAGUGGCAACGUUAAGAGCAUCGUCAACAAGCAAUACAAUACGCCAGUUGGCAUGUACAGCGAAGAAUCAAUCGCCGAAACACUUACCGCUCAAGCUGAGGUUUUGGCCAACGGAGUUCUUGGAGUUAAUUUCAAGAAGAACGAGAAAGCUUACAAUUCUGAAGGCUCAGAAGUGUUGAAAGCAUUGAAAGAAAGUGAAAACGAUCCACGAGAACCAGUGUCGUCUCAUUUCUAUUGGACAGCAAGUCACGCUAUCGGUAACUAUAGCGCCAUUUCCUCACGCACAAACACUCCAAAUCCAUACAGUGGUCAGCAACAACAACAACAAGUGCAACAGCAGCUAUCACAACAGAUCAGUCGAAAUGAGGAUUUUGCUGCAUCGGAAAGUGUACAAAGGUCGAUUUUGCCGUCCACAACCACCGAUUCAACGAAAACACCAAUUGUCCAAACGAAAAUCGUCGAUUCCUCAUCGCAAUGCAUUGCUGCAAGCGCUGAUGCGUCGCAGCAACAGUUGACAACGACGUCGUCGAAAGCGUCGCCUCCGUGUGGCGAUUGUGGAGCAACAAUCGUUGGUGUAUUUGUUCGUAUAAAAGAUAAAAAUCUUCAUGUUGAUUGCUUCAAAUGUGCCACAUGCGGUACAUCAUUGAAGAAUCAAGGUUACUUCAAUAUAAAUAACAAAUUGUAUUGCGAUGUGCACGCCAAAUUGGCAGCCGUACAAAGCGCACCAACCGGUACCGAGGGCUAUCGUCCAGGAUUGAUUCAACCAAACUCCAAACUCACUGCAAACAGCACAAUUUCAAAUGCUUUGAGUUCACACGUGAACGGCGGUGUUAAAUCGAACUUUGGUGGACCACGACCAUUCGGUGUACCAACUGCAGGACCUCGAAGCCCAGCUAUGCAUCAACAAAGCUGGUCGCAACCAAAACCAGCACCAACCUUUGCUAACAACUAUGGUUCCCACACCUUACCACGAUCCACAGUUGGCCAAAACGCACCAGAAGAAACAACGCUGCAACAGCAAUCGGAAACAGGUUAUGACCUUGACUUUGCUGAUGAAUUACCAUGUCCAUCAACGUCACUUUUCAGCUGGCCACCGCCGCCUGAGGACGAUCAACGUUAUACUCCAACUGCAUCUCCAUUGUAUAUUCCACCGCCUGGUACACAACGCGUCCAGCCCAAAUUUAUUGCCCAAACCAGCGUCGAACAACGAUUCUGUGCCACAGCCGGAAAAACGGAAGUUGAAACCACCAAAGUCCAGGAUGUCAUCGAUAUGGUGCCAGCUUCAUGGCUCACACAAGAGAGUCGCUCGGCACCACAACUCACUUCGAUGAAUUUGCGAGAGCAUAACGAAUUAACGGAAAGUUGCUCGGACAGUUAUACGUCGACGUGUACAACGACGACAACCACAUCCGAAGAGUAUCAACGCAUGUACAAUGCUCAAGUGGCACUGUUACAGAGUCAAAGUCAAAGCUUUUACGAUCAUUCAUCUCUCGAUUUGAAUUCAUCGAAUUGUGAUUACGAAGUGGUGUCCAUUCAACAGCAACGUGGCUCAUUUUCAUCAGGUUCAACGGAUUUGAUGGGUUUCUCGGGCAGACGCAGUGCACAAGAAUGUUCCGAUACAAUUUGUAGUACAAUCAACACAUCGCAACUGGUGAAUUAUAUCAAAGGCAACACAUUUGAUGGUGGUGACUAUUCGAUUUCGGCCCCACCGAAAUUGCCGAAAAAAGUCGGAUUUUCUCCCAAUAUCACCGAAGUUGAAACAGAUACUCUCAUCAAUAGCGGUAGUCAACCGUCCAGCAUAGCAGAAGAACAGAAUCUAUCUGAAAUGAAUGUUCAGGAAUCACAGGACACGCACGAGUCACAAGAAUUACAGGAAUUGCACGAACUGCAGCUGUCACAAGCAGCUCAAGAGCCCAAUUCACAACUCAAACUUCCAUUCGAUCGAAAAUCCGUGACACCAUCGCCGAACAUAAUCUACAAUGCAACGCCAAAAGAAUGGAAAAGCUUAAUGGUGCAGGCAUUGACAACAGCGUCUGACAAACCGUAUACCAUUUCGGAUUUGCCAGAGACUGUUACCGAUAACAGCACAUAUGAAAGCUAUGUACAAACGUCGACUACCACCACUAGUGCCAUCGACCGGCAAACUCUUGAAGUCGAACAAAAAGUGGAGGAAGUUCAAUCUGUUUUACUGGAAAAAACGGAAGAUGAACAAGUCAAAGUGGAAAUCGAAGAGCCGUCGAAAAAGGGAUUUUUAUCAUCACUUUUUACCGGCUCUGAUUCCAGUGCAUCAAUGGAUUGGUUCAAACCGAUUUACGAGAAUGUUCCGUUGCCAGAAGAAAGCGCUCCGUAUUUCCCACCGGAUAUCCCAUUGCUUCCGAUUGAACGGCACGAGCCAUUGCGCACAAAGUCACCAUUUGUGGAAGCAUUGACGGUAGCACCACUUCGACCAUUUACUCCAUUCGAAAAUGAUGUCAUUUCACAAAUUGAAGGUUUACCACGUGCACCCGACGUUACCUUAGUUGAUGCAUUGACCACAGCACCAACUAAACCAAUCACCAAAUUCAAUCCAGAUUUACCGGAUGAAACUGAUACCGAGCGCAUCGUUCGAUUGGAGAAAGAAAAACAAGAAAAAGAGUCGGCCGAAGUGCGUGCCCUCAUUUCGAAGACCCUCGAUGCUGAAUUGAGUAAGAAGUGUACGACAUUUGCUCCGCUUAAAGGUUUUCGCAAAGUUGAUCCAUUCAAACCACUUUCAUCAUACAAUCAGUCACCUCACUGUCAAUCACGGUCAUCAUCUGUAUGCACAGAGAAUGUCGAUAAAACCAAAAAAACCACCAUUGAUUCAGUCGAUCAAACACAGACCAACACAAAAAACAAAGCAUGCCAUAUUCAAACCAAAGAAUCCAAUCGUAACAUGAAGUUUGUCAAAACAAACAAUUUCCCACCACCACCCGGCACGCCAGUCAAAUCAUACGUACAGUCUGGCCUGCAAAGCCCAAAAACGAUACCAAAAUAUCAGAGGCAAUGGUUUAAUUUGGCAUCACAGUCACCAAUUCGAACACCUGAGCCACCUGAGCUAAAAGAAAACGUUCCGCUUGCUUUUUGUGAUGUACCACAUGAAAAAACCGAAUCCGUUUCAAAACCAAUUGCCAUUACUAUUUCAGCAUCAACGGCAUCAUCAUCAUCGGCAACAGCAACGGAAAGUGCAAGAACUGAGAGCACAGUUGUAGUGGAUGUGCAAAAGACGACGGCCGUCGAAUCGUCAUUUUCUUCGGAAAGUGCAUCAACGGUGGCAACUGUUGUGCCAACAUUGUCGGAAAAUCGUACCGCUCCCAUCACAAUGACAUUUCAAACACUCGAUCCGAAAGACAUAGUUGAACCGAUGCGUUCAACCACACCAUCGCUCAUCAAUAAGCCACCACCAUUGGUGCCCUAUUACCAACAAAAUUUAGUUUGUGAAUACUACGGCGCACCGAAUUCAUUUACGUUUGAUCCGACAAACCCGCGAUCACCAUCGCCACGACCCGACGCCAUGAAACCGUAUGCAUCCGGUCCGCCAGCGAACGUCUUGAAAAUCCAAGCACCACGCAUUACAACGCCCGAUUCACUUGAGCUAUCCACUUCGAUCGGUGUGCCAAGCAUUGUAACCGGCCAAUCGGGUGCUCAAUUGUUGGCCGCAUCGAGACAAGGCUAUUCAACGGCAUCGCAAAGUUUUGUUGCCCAACCAGAGGUGUUUCAUCGCGAACAGAAAGGUGGAUUGAGCAUUGAAACCCAUUCGACUGGCGCCGAAUUGAAUGAAGCCAAGAAAUCGGAUAUGCAAAGUAGCUCAAUGUAUCAGGUCGGUAAUGUGCAAGUGCAACAAAAUCGUCGAGUUGUUGAAGAAUUUGAGCACACCCAAAAGUCAAGCACAACCGAAAUUCAUACGAGCAGCUGUUCGGGCGGUGUGAGUGAAUUGCAACAGAAAAUUGCUAUUGGUGCUAUUGCAAACGAAUACCAAUCCGAAACGUAUGGCAAAGGGUUUGUCGCACGUCAAGCUCGACGCUUGUCAGAAACAUCACAAUCAAGCAGCAAAAAUGUUGUGUCCUCGUAUCGUUUCCCACAAAUAACACCCGAUAUAACUGAAUCUGGUUUUCCCAUUGGCAACAAAAUUGUCGAACCUCCAACACCAACACCAACUCCAAUUCUAAACGAACCGGUAGCCAAAGUGGCUAAACCGAUUGCUCAGAAGACAUCUUUUCCACCUCCAUCGUUACCAAAGACGUCUUUUGCUCCACCACGACUGUCUCCCAUCCCACAAAGAUCGGCUCUCUCGCCGAGAGUAUCUCCUGUUCCGCAAAAAAUCUCCUUCCCACCGCCAAUCGAUGUAGCCGCCUAUGAUGAUCAGUACAGUAGCUCAAAUCUAAACGCCAACGCUUCUUCACUAACCUCGCAAUAUCAAUCAUCGGCUUAUCAAUCUCUAACCACAGCCGGUCCAAGCGCUUUUUUGUCUAAUCCAAACUAUGGUAGUACUUCCAAACCGACUAUAUCCAUCUCAAUUCCUGGCUUUAAGCCAUCCAAUUUUAACAACAACCAAAAUACUGUAAGUGUAAGUGAUCCAACCCCUGCCAGUGCAGGUUCAUCGAACAAGAAUUUUUCGCAAAAUAUUGGUGCCGCCACAUCAACACCGAAACGUGGACGUGGCGUUCUAAAUGCUAGUGUGGCUCCAGGCGGACGUAUACCGAAAUGCGGUUGCUGUCAAGCACAGAUCAGAGGGCCAUUCAUUACUGCUUUGGGUCGCAUCUGGUGUCCAGAUCAUUUUGUUUGCGUGAACGGCACCUGCCGACGACCACUUCAAGAUAUCGGAUUCGUUGAAGAGAAGGGUGACUUGUAUUGCGAAUACUGUUUUGAGCAAUUCUUGGCUCCACCAUGCGACAAAUGCAAUGGCAAAAUUAAGGGGGAUUGUUUGAAUGCCAUUGGCAAGCACUUCCAUCCAGAAUGUUUCAACUGCACUUACUGUGGCAAGUUGUUUGGCAACAGCCCAUUCUUCUUGGAAGAUGGUCGUCCAUAUUGUGAAGCUGAUUGGAAUGAACUGUUCACGACCAAAUGUUUUGCAUGCGGAUUUCCCGUCGAAGCUGGAGAUCGUUGGGUAGAAGCUCUGUCACAUAACUAUCACAGCCAAUGCUUCAAUUGCACCAUGUGCAAGAAGAAUUUGGAAGGACAAAGCUUUUAUGCGAAAGCCGGACGGCCUUACUGUAAAAACCAUGCACGCUAAGUCGAUCUGUUCCGGUAUCCAGUUGUUGUAUAUUGAAAGAGAAACAAGAAAAAUUAUGCCGAUUUUUAACUUUAGCAAAAUACAAUUUAAGUUUAGUGAGAAAAACAAAACGUGAAAGUUAUCUUUUGCUUAAUUUCAUUAUUUAAUUCCGCUUUAAAAUCGUUUGCUCCCCCACGUUCUUGUUCUAUGUUAGUUAUAAUGAAGAAAAGUCGAUUAUUUAAAAACUAUACUCACAAUUGCUUGGUGUAAUCCAAUAGAAAAAGGAAAACAAAAUGAAAAAAAAAUUUGAAAAAAUAAUGUACGAAAAAAAUCAAUACACUUUUAUUUUUGUUACGACCACGUAUUGUAAAAAUACUGAGAAUAUCAAAAUUUAAAUUGCUUCGCUGCUGUACAUCGCUAGGAGAAUUCCCGUGCUGCGGGCGACAUUUCUCGACGUUGGUUCGCUUCCUUCGAACGCCUUUCCGCAUGAAAUGUGCGAAUUCUCUGGCGUAUUGAGUUUUGCCUUUUUUAAUCUGGGAGAGUUGAAUUUUAAAUUAUUAUCUUCGUAUUAGUGGAAUUUUGUGCUUUUCAAUUUUUAUGUUUUGAAUUUAAAGAAUGAAAAAAAAGAAAAGAAAAGAAAAGAAAUUGUAUAUUUUUGUUGUUUAUUUGUGUGAUAUAAUAGCUAGAGAGAGAGAGAGGGAGAAAAAAAAGAAGGAAAAUAACAAAAAAAAACAUGAGGAACCAGACAACACUGCAAUUUGAAAUAUUUUGGAUUGGCCAACAUUGAGUGUCUUUCUCGAUGGAAUUUCGAGCACUGCGUUUUUUUAAUUUAUUUUUUAUUCAUAUCAUUAUCAUUUAUUUUCUAUUGUCAUUAAGAUGAUCAUUGAAGUUAAUCCCAAUAUUGCGGUCCGACAAAAAACCGUCGAGUAAUAACUGCACGCACACGCCAGCUAAAUUUUGUGCACAGAAUGUGUUUUUUUUAAAACGAGAUUAACAGUUUAGUUGAACAAAAUUCAGUUGCCAACGAUGCAAUGAGAAUUUCGCACUGUUUCUUCCGUACACAUGAUGUUUGUAAAUAAGGAUUUACUUGAAUCGAAAGUCAAAACAAGAACAACCAACAAAAUCAUAUCAAUUUGAACUUCGUACUUCGUACUAUAUCAUAUUGGAAUAAUUUAAGAGAAAAAAAAGUGUAUAAAAUGAAUUAGCCUAAGAGAAUACUUUAAUUGAACGAAUAAAUUGCUUUUACUAACUA